AUGACGCAAUGGCUAUUGGGUCCUAGUUUUAUUGAUCGUGUCUAUGUAUUGACAGGAGGCAAAUGUACUUCUCUUUUACAGAAUGUCGAAACGGAUGCACGACUUGCCAAUGUAGUAGAACAGCAGGUAUGCAGGAAACUCGGUGGACAAUGGACAGGUGGUCAUGAUGUAUCUGGGCACUGUGUUUUGUUGAUUCAUGCCAGUCUGUUUCUAUGGGAAGAGUUGUCUUGGUUAUUUUAUAAUGCACAACCCUUGUUGACCAUGAAGAGACGGGAUAGACUACAAUAUGCUGCUGUAGUGGCUGUAUUGGCCUUGUUGGGUCUUUGGUGGGUGAUGUUGAUGAUGACAGGUGUUUAUUUCCAUGGUCAUUUUGAGAUAGCAUCAGGCACAUUAUUUGGUAUUUUAGGGUGGAUUGUGUUGUAUCUCACUGUGUUCCCCAUGAUACCUACUCUUCAUAGACCCAUGUACACAAUAGAAUAA